AUGAGUACAGCCAGAUUCAAAAAAACAGAGGUCAGAAUACAGGAGAUGCAAAAUGAGAUUGAUGCUCUCAUGACUUAACUCUAAUCCAACUCAAAGAAUAUAUCCUCUGCCUAAUCAGAGCAUUUGCAGAUGCUUGUCGAGGAUUUACAUUCAACUAAUUUUCAAACUUAAGAACUCUCAAAGGAAUCAGAUUAAUUAACAGAUGCAUUAUAUUCUCAAUCAGAUCAUGAUGUGAUCUUAACAUAAGCAUAAAUGAAAAAAAUAUAGGUUUCCUUAAAUCAAUCCAUGUCAACCACCAAAUAAAAUCUCCAAAAUGUAGAGAGAGAAAUAGAUUAAAUAGAGAAGGCCUUGCAAGCCAAUUAAGAAUCAAACAAGGUCUAUUCAGAAAGUCUAAAUAAGUUUAGAGAAAAUCUAAAGAUGUGUGACUCUCAAGUUGUCAAAGUGCUUGAUCAAAACGCAUACAAUAAUUGGAACAAAAUUAAGUAAUUCUUUGAUGUAGAUAUAAUUCAAACUUCUGUUCCAUUAGGCCUUAUUAUGAAACUAUAAUUAAGCAUCCUUAAAUUAACAGAAGCCUGUAAUUCAAAUUAAGUUAAAGUCAAGCAGUAAAUUAAUGAAGAUCUAACAGCUCUAUUGAUUGAGAUCAAUUCAUAAAGUGCCUUAUUUUAACACAUUAACUUACUUGAAUAAUAUAUCUUGGGAGUUUUAAAAUCAAAUAACAAGGUUAAUUUAUAUUUAUUCAUUUAAAAAUGCUUGAAUUCCAUGCAUUAUAACUUUUGCUAAAUAGCAUAACUAUUUAAUCAGCACAACAUCUCAUAUAAGAUAUAGCAAUCAAUUUCAUAAGAAAUAGGCACUAAGAACUAGUCUUUAAAGUCGUUGCAAAUCAAGAAAUCAUAAUUUAUGAUAGAGAUGGAAAAAUUCAAAAAAUAAAGUAAAGAACUCACAAGCUAACUUGCACAAUUAGAUAAGCAACUUGAAAAAUAAAUAGAGGCUGAAACACAGCAUCUUUUAGCAAUGUACUUGAGAGACAAGGAAUAGAGUAUAUCUGAAAUAAAAAAGAAAUAUGGUAAGAAAUAUUUUGAUAACAUGUUGGCAGAUGUCAAGCAGGAGUUUAAGAAGAUCUGUCUAAAUUAAUAAGUGUUAUACGCCAGCAGUAUCGAAUAAGCUUUCUUAAGGGUAGAUGUGAUAAAUACUUAGUUAAUCAAUAAUAAAACUAAAGCAUAGCAAUUAAUUUAAUAAUAUUCAUAAUAAAAAUUUAAAAAAGCUAGUAGUGUUAUUAUUUAAUUAAAUGGAAUUGACAAAAGGGAAUAUUUAUUGGAAUUACAAUAAUGUAAGAUAUCACUUUUAUAAAUUGAAAAUAAAGUAGAGAGAAAACUCAUUAUAUAAGAUUUAGAUGAAUUAUUAUUACAGAUUUAAUAUUAAGUAAAUGACAUCAAAUUAAGAAUCUAAGCAAGCAAUGUACCUCAGAAAAUUAGAAGUGAUUCAAUUGAUACUUAGAGGAAAACUAAUAGAACGAUUGAACACCAUAGGUCAUAAUCAUAAACUCCUAUUCAAUCACCUCAAAUGCCUGUUCCUCAAAUUACACUUUAAUUAUUGAAUAUCAAUUUGCCAAUCAAUAAUCCUAAAGAAAUAUUCGAUUCCAGUGAAGAUCCAAUUAAAACGAAUAAUAGCCAAUUGCAUUUGAGCUUUUGUGAGAAUUAGAGCAACAAAAGCAAAGAUCAAGAGAAGUUAAGUAAGACGAUUUAAGUUCAAUUUAAUUCAAGCAGUAGGAUUACUCAAUAAUCCAAUAAUAUUGACAGUCUAACUAAUUCCAGAAACGAUGAGAACUAGAAUAAUUAGAAUAAUUACUAAAACUAACAUUAAUCUAACCCGUAAAAAAAGCCACAACUAAAGGAAGUAAAAAAUAUUAUGAAUAAUUCUGAAUAAAUUCAAAAUAGUUUGAAAUCGAGUAGAACUAAGAAAGACAUAUAAUAAAAAUAGAUUAAUGAACUUAAUCCCAAAAACAAAUUGAAUAUUUUGAUUUAUCUAAAAACAUAAGAUUCAGAUAUUGCUUAUGAUCCUAUUUUGAAUUAUGAUCAUGAUCCCUAUAUAUUUGGAUACAGGCUUUUCAGGAUUGAUAAUUAACUAAAUGUAAUGUAUUUGAAAGAAAAAAUUAAUCUAGAAAAUUUUGAGAAUUUAAAUGAUCUUAUAAAUCAAUUCAAUAUAAAGCAUACUUAAUUAGAAAAUGUUAAAGAAAUUGAAAUUAAUAAUUGCAGUUUGACAGCUUUGAAAUUUUAAAAUAUCUAUGAGUCUACACUCAGACAUGCCUGUGUAGACAGUUUAGCUCUUAGACAUUUGAGAGUUCGCUUUUUUCCAUUUGUUUUUGUCGGACAACAACCCCAAGUGGGAUUGGCUAUAAAUAAAGAUGAUCUAUAGUCCUUAUAGAAGCUAUUCUCAAAAUGA